UCCAACUACUCGCUAUAUGGCUGUUAAUAUCAUUCUUCCUCCCUCCUCGCUUUCACUUUGGCAUACUAAAAAACUCAUUUAUUCUACUCAAAUUAGGUUCCGGAUCAUGAGCUCGGCUUCAAAAUCCCAACCCCAAUCUGUUGCUUCCUCAGCAGUGUACCAGGUUCCGGGGCUAGACUCCCAUGAAAUGGACAGCACUGCGGACAAGACCUUUGAAAGGUACUCAUCAAACACAGCGAAGAGGAAUGGGAAAGGGGUUUCCAUUGUUUGGUUUAGGAAUGAUUUGAGGGUGUUAGACAACGAGGCUUUGUUUAAGGCUUGGGUUUCUUCCCAGGCUGUUUUGCCUGUUUACUGCAUCGAUCCUCGUCUCUUUCAGACCACCUAUUACUUUGGUUUCCCUAAGACUGGAGCUUUGAGAGCACAAUUUAUCAUUGAAUGCUUGGCUGAUUUGAAGAAAAAUUUGAUGAAGAAGGGCCUUAAUCUUCUCAUUCAACAUGGGAAACCAGAGGACAUUCUACCUUCUCUUGCAAAGGCUUUUGGAGCUCACACAGUAUAUGCUCAUAAAGAGACCUGCUCCGAGGAGCUACAAGUUGAAAGAUCGGUUGCACGAGGUCUGAGACAGGUGGAGUUAUCACGUGCUCAAGGGAAUUCUAGCAGGUCAAGUUCAACCCACAGCCCUAAGCUACAACUUAUAUGGGGCAGCACUCUGUAUCACUUAGAUGACCUUCCAUUCAGUGUCGGCAGUUUGCCAGAUGUAUAUACUCAGUUCCGUAAGUCCGUUGAAGCCAAAUGCACCAUCCGAGGGUGCAUCAGACUUCCAACAUCUCUCGGUCCACCUCCUAGUGUUGAUGAUUGGGGAAUUAUUCCUUCAGUUGAGCAGCUUGGACUUCACUCUGAAAAGGUUGUAAAAGGAAUGAGAUUUUUGGGAGGUGAAACUGCUGCAUUGAGCAGAGUUACAGAAUACUUCUGGAACAAGGACUUGUUAAAAAUAUACAAGGAGACAAGGAAUGGAAUGUUAGGGCCUGAUUACUCAACAAAGUUUUCUCCAUGGCUUGCUUCAGGAAGUCUCUCUCCUCGGUUCAUAUAUGAAGAGGUAAAGAGAUAUGAAAAGGAAAGGCUAGCAAAUGACUCCACAUACUGGGUAUUGUUUGAAUUGAUAUGGAGGGAUUACUUCAGAUUCAUUUCGAUUAAAUAUGGAAAUUCCUUUUUCCAUUUAGGUGGCCCAAGAAAAGUGGAAAAGAGGUGGCAUCAAGACCAAAAAUUGUUUGAAACCUGGAGAAAUGGCUGCACUGGCUAUCCCCUAAUAGAUGCAAACAUGAAGGAACUAUCAGCUUCUGGAUUUAUGUCAAAUCGUGGCCGGCAGAUAGUAUGUUCUUUUCUUGUUCGUGACAUGGGAAUUGACUGGCGCAUGGGAGCAGAAUGGUUUGAAACAUGUCUUCUAGAUUACGACCCGUGUUCAAACUACGGAAACUGGACCUAUGGUGCAGGAGUUGGAAAUGACCCUAGAGAAGAUCGGUAUUUUAGCAUCCCAAAACAAGCACAAACAUAUGAUCCAGAUGGAGAGCACGUGGCAUUUUGGGUACCAGAGCUUCUUACCCUCCCCAAAGAGAGAAGGAAUUUUCCUGGAAAAUCAUAUAUUGAGCAAGUUGUACCUCUAAAAUUUGGGAGCAGUAAUAAGCACCACAGUCAAAGAAGCAAAUAUGGUGGGAGACACUCCGGGUUACGCAAUAGAUGAAAGAAUUCAACUGUUGGAAACACAUUUUUCAUAUGCUGAAAAUCUUUCAACUUGCAUCGGGUACAAUCAAAUUUUAAUUUGACAAAAAGAAUACAGAUGCUUGAGAAUUAUAAAUUAAGUUACAAGUGAAAAAACAAUUGGAAGUGGAAAAUAACUAUAAAAUAUAUCCCUUUUAAUAA